UUAAUAAUAUUGAAUAAACAAAUCAAGAGAAUCAGUUAGUGUUUAGUUUUCCUGUGAUACAGUCAACUGCCUAAAAACUUAAGAUGAGAAAUCUACUAAAUGUAUUCAGCGUCCUUCUCGUUCUACAGUGUUAUUCAGUCGUACUAGGUGAGCCUUCUUAUUACAGACAAUACAGAGUGCUAGGAGAUUAUCCGUACCAAACCUAUUACGGAAACCCCUACGCUGACCAUCCAUACAGAUAUGCCAGUAAUAGUGACGUUUACAUAACCGACAGAUAUGGAAGAACUACACUACGAUCUGGAGACAGUUAUAGAGUUAGUUCCUACUCUUCACCAACCUGCACUGCCAGUACCUGCGGACAAAAUGCACAAUGCCAAGUAGUAGGAGGCCGACCUGUGUGUUCGUGCCUCAGAGGUCAUUCUGGAGAUCCUCUUUCAUUAUGUAGAAGGGAAGAGUGCAUCGAUGACAGUGAAUGCAGAGGUCAAUUAGCCUGCAGAGGUGGAAAAUGUAUAGAUCCAUGUGCUGGUACCUGUGGUGUUAAUUCCAACUGUGAAGCAAGAAGAGGAGUACCUGUUUGUACAUGUCCUGCUGGAUAUACUGGAGAUCCUAUUACUAGUUGUAGAAGAUUUAAUCCAGAGGAGCUUUGUCAUCCAAGCCCUUGUGGACCAAACACCCACUGUGAAGUGAAAAACGAAGUACCUACUUGUUCUUGCCUACCAGGAUUCCAUGGAUCUCCACUAGCGGGAUGUCGCCAUGAAUGUGAAAGUGAUGUCGAAUGUGGUCCUACGCUUGCAUGUAUCGAAUUUAAAUGCCAAAAUCCUUGUUUGAGCCAAUGUGGUAAAAACGCCGAAUGUGAAACGAUUAGCAACCACAGAGCAGUUUGUAAAUGUCCCAAGAACUACUUUGGAAAUCCUUACUCUUCAUGUCAACCAGAAUGUUACGGAGAUGUAGACUGUCCUAGUUCUAAACCUGCUUGUUAUUAUGGUAUUUGCAAGAGCCCUUGCGAAGGAGCUUGUGGAGUUGGUGCUAACUGUGAACUCAGAGGACUAACACCUGUAUGUUCCUGUCCCAAAGACAUGACUGGUGAUCCAUUUAUCCGUUGCAGGCCUUUUGAACCAAGAGAUUUAUGUGAACCCAAUCCAUGUGGUAGCAAUGCCCAUUGUGAACCAGGUUUUGACAGAUCUAAUAACGAACGCCCAGUGUGUACCUGCCCUCGUGGAUAUACCGGAGAUCCUCUUAGAGCUUGUUUCCAAGGAGAAUGUACUGAGGAUAGUCAAUGUCCUGACAGUCAAGCAUGUAUUGAUUACAAGUGUCAAAAUCCUUGCAUCAACCAAUGUGGUGUGAACGCUAAUUGUAAUGCCCGACGACAUCUUGCUGUGUGCACGUGUCCUUCAGGAUAUCACGGUGACGCUCUAAUUCACUGUUAUCCAAGAACGUCGGAAGCAGCAGGGAGAUCCUACUUUUAGAAGAUAACGAUAACGAAGAUAAACAAAUUUAUUACUAAAAAAAAUAAUGUUUUGUAAACAACGAAUUUUUCUAUUGUGUAUAAAAAAUCUUAAAAGUUAAUAAAAUAUUUUGUUAUAAAAUUGUUACUAUCU